UGAUCGAGUUUAACUACUUAUACCAUUGAAUUGAAUCAAGCGAUCAAAAAUGUCUGACGAAGAGCAUCAGUUUGAGUCCAAGGCCGAUGCCGGAGCCUCCAAGACUUACCCUCAGCAAGCCGGUACCAUUCGCAAGAAUGGUUAUAUCGUCAUCAAGAAUCGUGCUUGCAAGGUUGUGGAAGUUUCCACCUCCAAGACUGGCAAGCAUGGUCAUGCCAAGUGUCACUUUGUUGCAAUCGACAUUUUUAACGGGAAAAAGCUUGAAGAUAUUGUUCCAUCAUCCCAUAAUUGUGAUGUCCCCCAUGUCAAUCGUACCGAUUACCAGCUAAUUGAUAUUUCUGAAGAUGGAUUUGUGAGUUUGCUGACUGAAAAUGGUAACACCAAAGAUGACCUCAAACUCCCCACCGAUGAUACUCUCCUCACUCAGAUAAAGGAUGGAUUUGGAGAGGGGAAGGACCUGGUUGUGACUGUUAUGUCAGCAAUGGGAGAGGAACAGAUUUGUGCUCUCAAGGACAUUGGCCCCAAAUAACUUUUCAAAAAAUCCACAAACACCACACUAUAUUGUAUUGUGGUAAUUAAUUAAUUAUCAGUAGACCAUAUUUUUUAUAUUUUGUCACAAUAUAUUAUAACAUUUGGAGAAAACAGAAAAAGGAGUUAUGUUUUUAUUUUGUUUUAUCAUGUAACAGAUGCUAUGGAAUUAUUAUUCAAUUUGGUUUGUGAGUCUGAUAUCCAUAUUCGAAUAUUGGAAAACA